CUUAUUUUAUGUCUUGCAGGCUAAAAAAUAAGCAGAGGGUUUGCAGAGGGAAGAGAACAGGCGACAAAAAGAAGAUGGAAAAAUCCAUGGAACACAGGGCUUCUGAAAGCCGAAUCAGCAACCUGUGACGAGAUGAUCUGCAGGUGCCGACUGCAAUGAAGGGUCUGGGGGAUGCCCGUGGCCGGCACCUGUCCGGAAACCUGGACUCACAUCCAGAGUCUUUAUAUAAUGCAUCAGAGCGGACCCCUUACCUGAUCAGCUCCACUGAGGCCUAUCCUCCGGAACCUCGAUACCCUGAUAAUUCUUUACACCCCGACUGCCUGUACCCUCUCAACAACCAGCUCUCAAACAGUAGCACCUUUCCCCGAAUCCACUUUAAUUCCCAUUAUGAACCUCCUGAGGAGACUCCACAAUAUCCUACCCCCCAUGCACCACCUGCCAAAAUCAACCGCCUUCCUGCAAGCCUUUUGGACCAAUUUGAGAAACAGCUACCAAUUCACAGAGACGGUUUUAGCACUCUACAGUUCAAACGGGGCGACCCAGAGGGAAAGGACCGCAGUGAAAGCCCUGGACGCAUCCGGCACCUCGUCCACUCGGUUCAAAAACUCUUUGCAAAAUCCCAGUCCCUUGAGGGCGGCGGAAGGGCCAGUGUAAAUGGAAAGAAAGGGUCAUCAGAAGAUACUAAAGGAACAAAACGGAGUAAAAGCAAAGAACGAGGCAAGGGGGAUGGCAAGGGUCAGGCUCGAGGAGGAGGGGUCUCUGGCUGGUGGAGUUCAGAUGAUAACUUAGACAGUGAUACAGGAAGCUACCGUAAUCCGGCCGGCAUGAUGACUCUUGGAAGGCGCCCAGAUCAUGGAGCAAGACACUUUUUGAGCGGGUAUAACACUAUCAGUGAAAGCAUGUUGAAGGCGUCCAAAAGCAAUAAUGACCUCAAAUUCACACCCUUCCAGCCUCCAUCUCUCACCCUAUCCCCUCUGCCUGCACCCCAUGAGGGGGUCCCUUCUAUUUCGACGGCCUCACUAAAGAGAGGGUCUUGGUCAACGUUGACACUGAGCCACGCCAGAGAGGUGUGUCAGAAGGCAUCGUCCACCAUAGACAAAGCAUUACUGAAGUCCAAAUCUUGUCACCAGGACCUCAGCUACCAGUAUCUGCAGGUACCAGGCGGGGAGUGGACUGGAGGCCCAAUAAAGGAUGAUGACAUCCCAUGCCGGCGAAUGCGCAGCGGAAGCUACAUCAAGGCUAUGGGGGACGUGGACAGCGAGGACUCAGAAGGGAGCCCACAACCAUCCCCAAAAACUGCAGCUAGGAGGCAGAGCUACCUCAAGGCCACACAGCAGUCACUGAGUGAGAGCACCACGCAGAGGAGUCUGGACCGUGUGGACUCCUUGGACAUCCUAUCUCCCCCAAAGUUCUCAAGUUGGGAAGAAGAUUACAAUCAGCUGACGGAGAGUGUAACAGAAGAGAGCAGCAUUUGCCAGGGAUACUACCAGCCAAGUUCUUCACAGAUAAACUACAGAUUUUGUUUGUAUACCACUUCAGGCCCUUCAGUCCCUCAAUCCAGUCACAGGUACAAGAAUCGGUACCCAUUGUGUCAGGUUCCUGAAGAGCAAAGGGAUCGGUACCCAUUGUGUCAGGUUCCUGAAGAGCCAAUAGAAAGAUACACAUUGUCACAAGUCCCAGAGGAGCCCUGUGAGAGAUUCCAGCUUUGCCCAGUGGUAGAGGAUGAGAGAGAACGAUAUCCAUUGUGCCAGGUGCCCGAGGAGCCAAGGGAACGGUACUCUUUGUGCCAGUUAACCGAGGAGGAACCAGAAGAUUACCCCCUGUCUCAGGUCCCUGAGGAGCAGAGUGUGCGGUAUCCAUUGCCCCGAGAAGCCAAGAGAGAUCGCUACCCUCUGGUUCAGGCUGUAUUUGGAGAGCUUGGAUCAUCCCAAACUGAGCCUUUUGACCUUCAUCUUCCCAAUUUCUUCCGCUCACGCAGUCACAGCUACCUCCGUGCCAUACAGGCUGGCUGCUCCGAGGAUGACGACACCAUAUCCCUGCAGUCCAUGUCACCCCCCUUACCAAUCACCAGCCGGACCCUCCCCAGGCACAUCGGUUCCUCUUGUCUGGUGGGUUACAAGAAGACCCCCCCACCGGUGCCCCCUCGCACCACCUCCAAACCCUUUAUAUCUGUGACUGUACAAAGUAGUACAGAGUCUGCCCAGGACUCUUACCUGGAUGCACAGGAGGGGCAGAGCGAAGGCAACAGCCAGUCGGGGCUCAGCACCUCCACCGAGAGUCUUGAGAGUACCCGUGCACCCAGCGUAACCCGUGUUUGCCCCCUGACCCCCAUCAGGCAAAUACCCCCCGAGGUCCCCCCCAAAAAUGCGGCUGUAAAAAUUGUCAGAGAAGAGCCUCGUGCCCCAGAACCCCUCCCAAAACGGAAACUGUCCUCCAUUGGAAUUCAGGUGGAUAGUGUACAACCAGUGCCUGUCCCUGAGCCCCCCCCUCCUGCCAGAUUUCAGUCCAUCGGGGUCCAGGUGGAAGAAGAGUGGAGGAAUAGCCGCUCCAGCAGCAUGACAUCCAAGCAAGAAACGGACUCUGACACCCAGGAGCCCAGCAAUUCAUCUGACAAGAGCGUUCCAGACUGCCCGCCACCCCGCCAGCCUACUCCAGGCCCUCCGGUACCCCUCCCUAAAAAGCACCUCUCCUAUGGAGAUGGUGGGGAAAUGGAGGCAUCCGCCCUUCCUCCUCCUGACCCUUGGCUGGACUCUGCAGCCUCCCCCCCUUCUUCAGAGCCGGCCCAGACAGGGGCUUGCCGCAGGGAUGGACAUUGGUUCCUGAAGCUCUUGCAGGCUGAGACAGAAAGACUCGAGGGCUGGUGCAAACAGAUGCAGAAGGAGACCGGGGACAACAACCGUUGUGAAGAAGUGAUCGGGAAGGUUCUCAGUGCCGUCGGCAGCGCACAGCUUCUAAUGUCUCAGAAGUUCCAGCAGUUCCGUGGCCUGUGUGAGCAAAAUCUGAAUCCUAACUCGAACCCACGUCCCUCAGCGCAGGACCUCGCCGGCUUCUGGGACCUCCUGCAACUUUCUAUAGAAGACAUUAGCAUGAAAUUCGAUGAACUCUUCCAGCUCAAGGCCAACGGCUGGGCAUUGAGCGAAACCCCUGACAGAAAUGAAGUAAAGAGGCCCCCUCCCCCAGUGCCAAAGAAGCCAGCCCGGCCCAAGCCCCCGCUGAGUCGCGACAAGACCCCAGGCCAAUCCAACAGCGACAAACAACGGCAAGAAGCCCGCAAAAGGCUGAUGGCAGCCAAACGAGCAGCCUCGGUGCGCCAGAAUUCGGCAACCGAGAGCGCGGACAGCAUCGAGAUCUAUGUGCCAGAGGCACAGACGCGGCUCUGAGUGAUGGAGCCUCCCGCGCCAAUUAUGGG